AUGGGUGCAUCAGGCUUAGGUUCUGGUUUAGGAAAUUGCAUUAAUCUCUCAAAUUUGACACUUAACCUUGAUAAUAAUUAAAUUGGUGACGAAGGUGCAUCAGGCUUAGGUUCUGGUUUAGCAAAUUGCAUUAAUCUCUCAAAUUUGACACUUAACCUUUAUUAUAAUUAUAUUGGUGCAAUGGGUGCAUCAGGCUUAGGUUCUGGUUUAGCAAAUUGCAUUAAUCUCUCAAAUUUGACACUUAACCUUUAUAAUAAUUAAAUUGGUGGAAUGGGUGCAUCAGGCUUAGGUUCUGGUUUAGGAAAUUGCAUUAAUCUCUCAAAUUUGACACUUGGACUUAGGUAAUAUAAAAUGUAGAACCUUCCUAAUUUUGAUGAAUAAUCUCAUUCUUAAUAAGAGGUUUUAAGAUAAAAUUCUUCAAGGUAUUUAUCGUUUUAGUACACUGAGAAUAAUUUAUAUUCUUUUAAAGAUCGUGAAAAAGUUUAUAAGAUAGAGAAAAGAUAUCAAAUUUUACGAUUAAUUUGGAGAGAUACUAAUAUUAGUUUCUGCCUUGCUGCUAUUGAUAGAGAAUAUGGAUAAAAAGUAUUUAUUAAAGUAAUAAAAUUAGAGGAAUGUAUUUUGAAAUAUAUUAUUUAAGCAAUUAGAUCAAUAAAAAUAGAAAACCAUUUUUAGCAUGAAAAUAUAAAUUCUAAUUUACAUAUAAUGAUGGAAUCUAAAAAUCUAUACAUAGUAAAAGAGUUAAUGGAUAUAAAUUUGAAAGACGUUACAUUCUCUAGACAAGAAUUAACUGAUGAACAUAUCAAAUGGUUUGUGUAUUAAAUAUUAAAAGCUCUUAAUUUUUUGCAUUCCUAAAAUGUUUACCAUACUGAAUUAACUGCUAGAGAUAUUUUAUUAAAAGAAAAUUGUGAUUUGAAAAUAACUGGUUUUAUUCAUUCUAAUUUCCCUCAUGAAGUUAAUUAUUAUAAUAAAAAGGGAUACUAUCCUCCAUAAAGAAUUUUAGAAUUACCUGAAAAUUUAUCUAAAACUGAUAUAUGGCAUGUUGGAGUAAUUAUUUUACAGUUACUAUAUGGAUAUCCUUUUUUUGAAAAAAGAAAUCGUGGAGGCCGUAAUGGAGUUCUAUAAGCAUAUUUUUAUUCCAUAGGAUCACCUUCGGAAGAGGAUUUGUCAUAAUAUAAAGACUAUACAGAACAGUAUGAAUAAUUAAAAUCACUGAAUUAAUAUUGUAAAAAAUCUUGGUAGGAUUAAUUUCCAAAUGCAAAUCCUUUAUUAUGUGAUCUUCUAGAUAAAAUGCUUGUUUUCAAUGAAGAUAAGCGUUUUUCUUUGAAAGAAUGCUUUCUACAUCCAUACUUUGAAGAUUUAUACAUUCCAGAUGAUUUUUAAUAAUGUAAUUUAAAGUUUGAUCAUUCUUAAUUAUAAAUUGGUAGUAAUGAAGAUGAAGAUAUAGAUAAAGAAGAAGUAAUGAAGGAUAUUUAUUUUGAAGUUGAAAAAAGUUAUUAAAAGUAGUAGUUGAGAAGAUAUUAAAUAUAAAUAAUUUAAAAUAUUGCUUUUUAAAAGCAUUUAGCUCAUUAAAUUCCUCUUAAUCCUAAAUUAAUAUUUUAUAAUUUAUAUGAAGAUUUAUGA